AUGAAGAUGAAGACAAGUAUUUUCAAUCUUGUGGUGCCCUUGUUGGUCCUCGCCUGUUCGGCAGCCGUCCUUCCACAUUUGAAGUCCUCCUCUACCAACCUGACCAACGAUGGACUCGCACGUAUCUCGAAUCGGGCAAGUGUACAAAAUUUCUAUCUCCGCAUCAUGCCUUUAGGAGCUUCAAUCACAAGAGGUGACCCUCAUGCUCCUGGUGACCCUCACGGAAAUGGCUAUCGAAAGGCGUUGAGGGAUAAAUUACGAGCAGAUGGCUGGAAAGUCAACAUGGUCGGUAACGUCAAUUAUGGUGAUAUGGCGGACAAUGACAAUGAAGGCUGGCCAGGCAACCGUGUAUCCGAGGUGUCCAACAAGGCUAGCACUUCAGUGCCAAUAUGGAAGCCCAACCUCAUUCUGAUCAAUGCCGGCACCAACGACGCUGGACAAGACGGAUCAGUUGAGCCAGUCGCCACCACAGGACUUCGCAUGAAAGCCUUGCUGGAGAGCCUGUUCAAGCUGGUGCCCGACACAGUCGUUGUUUUCUCGACACUUCUCCCUAAUAAUGGCCCUAAGCCAAUUGAACCAGUCAAUGCAAAGGAUGUCAGCAGACAAUACCGAGCUCUGUACCGAGAAAUGAUCGGUCCAGACGAGAACAAGCCACGUAUGAAACUCCUUCUCGCCGACAUGGACGAUGGUUUCAUCACCUUGAACGACAUAUGGGAUGGAGCACAUCCAACAUUGGAAGGAGCCCGCAAAAUGGGAGCUGUGUGGAUGCACGCCAUUAACCAAGCAAACGAAAAGAAUUGGUUCUCCAAGCCUCGAGACGAUGUCUCGUUUGUUGAUGGAGAUGGAAAGACCACUUGCGAAAAGCAAUAUACCAGUGGUAACGAUGACCCUCGUGGCCAUCCUCAAAUUCUCUCGGCUUCUGAUCCUAUCAUCGCGGACGACGGGCCAUAUGUGCAUCGCUCAACUCUUGGGUCAACCCGCAUGGUUUCUCCUCGGGGAUCUUUCCCUGAUGAGCGUCGCUUCUAUGCACAGCUCGUUGAUUUUGGUGCACCGCGAGCCGAGGGGCGAGACGAUGAGAUCGUCGUGAGCAAUGGGAAUGCCAAAGUUGGAAACGUACGUCUUGCCAGCAGCCGCGGCGAUGGUUCUUUCGAUGUGCCUGUCGAUAUCGACGUGAAGGAUGGGUGCCCUGUCCAGGGUAUUAGAUGGGGUGAUGUCAACAACGACGGCUUCGAUGAUUUCAUCUGUAUUGCACCAACUGGGGAGAUGUUCGUGUCCCUCAACACCGCAGCAAUUGGUCAAGCAGUACCCACUUUCAAAACUUUAGGAUUGUAUCAUCCUGCAAUUUCUGGCUUUCUUCAGGAGCGGGUACUUCUUGGAGAUAUCGAUGGCGAUGGUAGACUUGACUACUGUAUUCUGCACGACAAUGAAGAUUUACAAUGCUUUAGAAACGGAGGCAUUGGGGAGCUGGCUAGUUCAUGGGAGGACAUGGGUAUCGUAUUUGCAGGGAAAGCCAUGGGGGACUUCCGAGGCUUUCGACUUGUUGAUCUCAAUGGAGAUGGGCGAUCGGAUUUACUCUGGAUAUCUAAUCAGGGCUCUGUGACAACGUUCAUAAAUCAACGCGGAGAAGGUAAAGGAUUGGCUCCACGAUGGCUCGCAGCCGGUGUCACUCAUUCAGGUAUUGGCGAGGAUGUCGGCGAUUCCAGAUUUCGGGUCCAGUUCGGAAGAAUUUAUGGAUCAGGACGAAGAGAUUAUGCUCAUAUUGCACAGAGCCUUGACCAAGCCUCGAAUACCUACCGCGUCAGGGUUUUCCAGAAUCUGGGAUCGGGUGGAAAAUUUCAGAAGGGUGAUGGUGCGUUCUGGGGCGAUACAACAGGCACAAAAUUCGACGACUAUGUCUGGAUAUCCCCAGUGGGUGUUGUUAGCGUCUUCAGAAAUAAGAACACCAAGACAAAUUUUGACAACUAUCAGAAUGGUGGCUCCUGGGAAGCCUCGAUAAGCUUCGCCACUGGUCUCGACCGCAGAGCUCUACAUAUUGGUGACUGGGAUGGAGACGGAAAAGCCGAUAUCAUUGGCGUCACAGAUAGGAAAACCGGCCAGAUUCGUGUUUGGCUCAACCACUGGAAUGGCAAAGACUUCGGUUGGACCGCCCAAGAUAUAGCCGGCAGCGCUUUCUGUAGUCAAAGUUGGGGAAUUGGAUAUUCCGAUAAUGGGCAUCACUUUGCCGACAUCAGUGGUAAUGGCAGAGUUGAUUACCUCUGCAUGGAACCUAAUGGCCGGACCACUGCACUGAUCAACGAGGCCAGUGGCUUGAGAAAUGUAGGACAAGUCAAAGCAUCCGAAACUGAUACACCAAGAUACCGCCCCGAUCUCAGAUUCGCAGAUGUAAACGGCGAUGGACGAGCAGAUAUGAUCUGGACCGAUAAAUACAGCGGUGACGCGACCACGUGGCCGAAUCAAGGGGAGGUCCCCGCAGGAAAUAGCAAGUUUACAUGGCUCCGAACGGGACCUGUUUAUCAAGGCUCAUCUCGAGGAUCGAAUCUUCACUUCCCGAGCUUGCAGGGCCAGGGUCGAGCAGAUAUGGUGGAAAUCAAUCCGACAACUGCACAUGGCUGGUUGUACUUCAACAGUUGUCCCAGAGGGGGAGAUGAUGUCGCAGGACCUGUCCCUGACCCAAAGCUACCGGUCUACACUCCUAAAUCUGGCUCUGAGGAAGUUAAACAACACUAA